AUGAGUAAUAAUAAAAAAAAAGAAGAAGAAAAAGAAAAAGAAGAAGAAAUAAUAUUUAAAGAAAAUGAAAAAGAAUUUUUAAAAUCAUUAGAAAGAGCAGAACCAAUUGGAAAAGGAUUAAAAUAUUUAAAACAAUAUGAAAAAGAAUUAUUGGAUUCAGGGGAAUUAAAGAAUAUAACUCAUAGGGGUAGUAGUAGUGUUUGGUUAGAAGCAUUAUCAUCAAUACCGAUAAAAGGUAAAAUCAAUGUAUAUAGACCAAUGGGUGAUAUAGAAUGUAAAUUCCUUAUUGAUAAUGGAUUUUUACCAGACACUCAACCUUAUCAAGCUAUAAUCGAAGGUUCAAAUGGCAGACAAUAUGCAAAUAAAUAUUUAACUGGUAAAAAAUGGACAGACACUAAUCCAUCAACUAUUGUCGAAUUCACUUGUCCAAUUGAAUUAAUUGAACAUUGUAAAUCAAUUCAAACAAAGAUUGAAGAUGGUGCCUUAUCAAUUGGUCUUGGUUCAAAAGCUGGAAAUACUUUACCAUUCUUUAAUGAAUCUUUAAAAUCAAAUCAAACAACUUUUAGAAUUGUAAAAAUAAAAAGAGAAAUUCCCAAAAAAUAA